UCCACGAAGAAGAACACGUCUGCCGCUAAUAUCCCCAGAAGAAGAAGAAGACACGCUGACGGCUGAUAGGUCAGACAAGUUGACUUCUACAGUGAUGAGAAGCUAGCAGAGUCCACAGUUCUGUCUUGUUUUUGUAAUUUAUUAAUUCAUAAACAGCUCCGCCAUGUCCGGAGCGUUAGCGCGGCUGCUCUUCUACCCGACGUUAGCCUACAAUGUUGUCAUGGAGAAGAUUUCCUCCAGGCGGUGGUUCGACCGAGUGGACGAGACGGUGAUUCUCGGAGCGCUGCCGUUCAGGUCGAUGACCAAACAGUUGGUAGAAACAGAAAAUGUUCAAGGUGUUAUCACCAUGAAUGAGGCGUACGAGACCAAAUAUUUCUGCAACUCAGCUGAGGAGUGGCAGGCGGCUGGUGUGGAGCAGCUGAGGUUGAGCACCGUGGAUCUGACCGGCGUUCCCAGCCUGGAGAACCUCCACAAAGGCGUGGACUUCGCCCUGCAGCACAGAGAGCAGGGAACCAGCGUUUACGUCCACUGCAAGGCCGGACGUUCCCGCAGCGCUACGUUAGCUGCUGCGUACCUCAUACGGUUGCACUGCUGGACUCCAGAGGAAGCCUGUCAGAAGCUGGCGUCUGUUCGACCACACGUCCUGGUGCGCUCGGCUCAGCUGGAGAUGCUGAGGACGUAUUAUCAGCAGGUGUGUGCAGAGUCCAGCUGAGAGAGCAGAACCUCAUUAUGUUCCCACUGAAGCCGGGCGGCUGGACUCUGAGCCUUGAUUAAAGACACAGCUGCUGUGGUUUCAGUCAGUCCUGCGUCUCAUAACGUACCGGGCUGAAGAGUAAAGGUCAAACACAUUGUUUACACCUUUUUAAUCACAAUUUCACAAGUUUUACUGUAAUUGGCAGGUUUUAAUUUGGUAAUGACAAAUCAGCGAGCAAAGCAGACAUUCACAUCAUAAAAAUCUAAUUGUUAUUGUGGCUCUGAAUCAGUGGUUUGGACUAAAACAGGUUAGUGGAUGGAAUUCCUUCUGCUUUUGUUAUUCUAUCCUCAUCAUCCUGUUUUAGCCAACAAUACCUCAGAAUUCUAUAUCAUAAGCAACACUGCAAAACUGUUAACUCGUGGCUUUAAUAAUGGAACACUCCACUUGUAGCUUAGCUGCAAUUUGGACACCAAGCAGGAACAUUUUAGUGAAUAAACAAAGCGGUUACUGUGUGCUAAACUAAAACAUUUUAUUUUAAUGUAUUAUAUUUUCCUACAGUGCCUCCUAACUUAAAAUACAGUAAAUGAUGUUAAAUAAAUAUUUGUGACAUUAAAA